AUGCUAGAAGUUCUGAAAGAAAUCAAAGACAUGAGGUCAGAAGUAAACCAAAACCUGGAUAAGCUAAACCAUAAGAUUGAAAACGUAGAGCGGGAGAUGCGUUUAAUAAUGGAAGAAAAUGUCGAACUGAAAAACUGUGUUAAGAGGUUGGAGUCCAAAGUAGAAAUGUUAGACAGAGCAGCAAGACGCAACAAUAUUAUUUUACAUAAUGUGGUGUAUUCUUCGGAUGAUACAGAAAACACAGUAAGAGACAUAUUUAGAUCAAACCUAAAUAUAGACGAAGGUAUUGACAUUCAGCAUGUUCACAGGAUGCCAUCAGCAAAGACGACCAUCCUGGUAACCCUUGGUAAACCAACACAACGUAUAAGAAUUCUACAAUCAGCAAAACAUUUGAAAGGCAGUAACAUAUCUAUUUCUGAAGAUUUCACUGAACAGACGAGAGCCGUAAGGAAAAAGCCCGUUCCACAUCUAAAGAGAGCAAAAGGAGAUGGAAAGUUUAGUGUAAUGAAAUUUGACAAACUGCAGAUAGAAACUGAAAUCUUCCGUCUAGAUGAAGCGGCCGAUAAACUGGUUAAAGUCAGAACACUUAAACCGCAAACUUGGAUGUGUGAUAACGAUGAUAUUGUCUUCCCAGGAUACAUCCAACUCAGGAAAACCAGACAAAAGUUAAAGGGGGCAUUCCGCAACUCUGGUGGUAUUCUUGCUCUUGUCAGCACGGAGAUCUCCAACCGUAUUACAACGCACCAAAGUGUCUCUAGAAACAUUCUAUGGUUAAUUUUACGCUUAGAAAACAUUGUACUAACUCUUGGCGUUGUCUAUUUUUCCCCACCUAACUCCUCUAUUUACUCUGAAGAACCCAUUUUCAGCAUACUAGAAGAUGAAUGCUGCCAACUUCGAUCGAUAUAUCCAAAUAACCACCUAAUAAUUCAAGGUGACCUGAAUGCAAGAACUGGUAAUGGCCACUCAAAAGAUAUAGAGAACGAUGAUCCUAAAUACUUACCAAUUGACGAUGACUUUGAGUACGAUGUUGACUGGGAUAUUCCCAGGGUAUCACAAGAUCCAAUUAUCAACAGCCGUGGUAAACAGCUACUGGAUUUUUGCAAGGUAAAUGGUUUUCGAAUAUGUAAUGGAAGACUCCACUCAGAUAAAGACAAAGGGAAAAUCACUUGCCUUGCAAACAAUGGACAAAGUGUUGUUGAUUACGUACUCUGUGGCAGUGAAACUAUUUAG